GAGCUUGUUCUGAUAACAACUAUUGAAACUGACCGAUCGUCAUCUAUUAAACUAUUUGUUAUUAUUAUUAUAUAUCUUAUAAUUAAGCUCAAUAAUAAUUCACAAUGACGUUCCUAGUACCGAUACUAGUAUGUGUGGCGUGUGUGUUGUUCUCUUACUAUCUGUGGAAGAAGAGUUGUCCUGACACGGACAACGAACCCCCAAAGUGUCCUGGAGGCCUGCCUUUAUUGGGACAUGCUCUUAAAUUCGUGGGAGACAGCAGCCGUCUGUGGCGUGUCAUAAAUGAUUUUGGCAACAAGAGUUAUGCUAGAGGCGGGGUAAUUUCAGCUUCAAUUGGGCCUAGGACUAUUUAUGCUGUGACGGAUCCUGAUGAUGUCUUCGCGAUAACCAACGCCACUUUAGAGAAGGACGGCAUCUAUGACUUUGGAAAACCAUGGAUCGGGGACGGACUUAUUACAGCCAAACCGAUAAGUUGGAAGAAUCAAAGAAAGCUGCUGAAUCCGGCCUUCAGUCAGACUGUGAUGGACAGUUUCAUGGGUGUAUUUAAUAAACAGGCACGGAAACUGGUAAAGGACUUGGAGACAGAAGUAGGGAAGGGCCCUUUCGACCACUGGGAGUAUACUAAGCUUAAUACUCUUGAGACCACAUGCUUGUCAGCCCUUGGCGUGGACUUUACAGACGAUACGAUUCUCAACAGCCAGUACGUGACAGCGGCAGAGGAGAUGUUCGGCACCAUAGUGGACCGCUUCCGGAAGUUCUGGCUGCACAGCGAUUACACCUUCAGAUGGAGCAACUUGAAGAAGAAGCAGGACGCUUGUUUGAAGAUACUGCACAAUAUGUCUAAUACCGUGCUCAAAAUAAGAAAAACUGAAUUCAACAGCAACAACACACUCUCUGAUAGAACAACUGGAAAUACUUCAGGCAAAAAAUUCAAAGCCCUCAUGGAUCUACUCCUUGAGUUAUCCGUGGAGAAGGGAGUGAUGAACGACAAAGAGAUAAGAGAACACGUGGACACGAUGAUUGUGGGCGGCUACGACACGACCGCCGCCGUGUUAAUGUUCACACUUCUAUUGGUGGGAUCCCACCCUGAGGCGCAGGAGAAGGUCUACCAGGAAUUAAAAGAGGUGUUUGGUGACUCAGAUCGUGAUGUGGAGAAACACGAUCUUUCCCAACUGGUGUACUUGGAGGCAGUCCUUAAGGAGAGCAUGAGGUUAUACCCGAUUGUGCCGGUGAUGGCCAGGCGGCUGGACAGAAAUUUGCAAUUGAAAAACUACACGCUAGCAGCUGGUCGUUCCUGCUUCUUGUUUCUGUUCAAGAUUCUCAGGCACCCCAUAUGGGGGGCUGAUGUGGACCAAUUCAACCCGGACCGGUGGCUGGACCCGGCCACGCUGCCAGAAAACCCAAACGUGUUUGCUACCUUUGGCUUAGGCAGGAGGAAUUGUAUUGGCAAAACCUACGCCUACGUGUCGAUAAAAACAACCCUCGCUCAUGUUCUCCGUAAAUACCGCUUCAAGGGUGACCACACACAACUGGAAUUGAAAUUGGACGUAAUGCUAAAACCAGCGUCAGGUUACUACGUCAGCAUUGAGAAACGGAAUUAGAACUAGUCUUUUAUAACAUUUUUACUCAUUUGGGGUGAUUGAAAACCAAUAUAACUAAUUUAAUUCUAGUAAUUUUCUGAUGGUUGGUUUCAAGGGAAGGUUAGGUAUUGCAUUUAGUAGCUAUAGAUGAUAAAAUUUUAUUAUAAAUCUUUAGGUAAAUGAAUAAACGCUGAUAAAUCUGCA